CAUUUGGCUAAUCCCGUUAAGCCCAACCCAUAUCCAGCACUGUGUGCCUGCUUCACCUGCAAGCCCUAGACGUCUGCCAGCAUAAAAGAAUCGGGGAGAAAGAUUCAUGUUUUUGGACUACUGUUGCAGGUGUUGCUCUGUCACAUUCAUCAAACGCCAUGGACAACUGCCCAUCAACAAUAAGCUCAACAACACUUGGAUUGUUCUCCAGAACUUGCUAAUGUGCAUGGUGACAUUCUAUGCACUCUACUUCAUUGCUGUCAGCAUGUGCAUAGGCAUCCUCAGGGCAGAGGAGGUUGACAGCCUACUGGCUCCCUUUGACUACACAACCCAACCAUCAUGGCAGAAUCCCAAAUAUUUAGUGAGUGUAAUCUCCACAGAGGUGACUUAUAUCCUGGGAGGCCUGGUGUUUGCUUGGAUUGUGGAAGAAUGGGUGUGGGACUAUGCCAUCACUGUCACAUUGCUGCAUGUUGGUCUGACCAUAGCAGUUAUGUCUGACGUCCCUUCCACAGAGCAUUGGUGGAUUGCACUCGGUUCUGGACUGGUGAUGAUGAUUCUAGGGGGACAGAUAUUAGCCUACAGACUGUUCCGGAACAAUUAUGUGUACCCUGCUGACCUCCAAAAUUUCUGAUGCCAUUUUUGACUCCAUAUGUACAAAAUAAGGAUAUUGUUUUAUACUGUUUUCUACAUUAGAUACCAAAGGUAGUUUUAGGGGCUCACGUUUUUCAUUUCAAAGGAAAAUAUAUAUUUGGAUAAAGGACUGUUGACAACAA